GUAAAGUCGAUAAAACAGAUUCUCCAGCUUUUAUUUUAGGCUCACCCAAAUAAUGCUCAUACAUAUAUAGUAGUAUAUGGCUGCUGCCCACGCCGCGAAUAUAAUAUUGAUAAACACACGUUGCUGCUGCUCGCGUCGUUGUUGCAUGCGUGGUGAUCUGACCCGCGCGUUUACGUAUUUUUUACGGUAAUAUACUUACACCCGCGGAGCGGAGUAGAGUCGAGGCAGUCAUCAUCAUCAUCAUCGCCUUACUAUACGAUAAUACGCGGCAUAAUACGAGUAUAGGCGAGAACGAGCGGUGGUGAGCUGUGUGCCGGCUCACGGAAUAUAAUAGAUAAUAAUAAUUGAGCUUUAAUCGAAGAAGAAGAGAUCACACACAGAGACAGUCAUGGCUACGCUCGAGGACAAGAUUUUGGGCGAGAAGUCGCAGUACUACUGCAGCAGUUCGUCGGAGGACGAGGAUGAGUCGAAUUCCGACAAGGAGGAGGACGCGGCAGCCGGGGCGGCGUCGGCCCAGCCCGAGCAGACCUCCACCGAGUUUUCGGAGUGGGACGGCACGUCGAGCAACACAGGACCCAAGGGUGUCAUCAGAGAUUGGCAGCGAUUCAAGCAGAUCGAGACGGAGAAGCGCGCGGAACAGGAGAAGGAGCGCGUCGAGCUGAUGAAGAAGCUCAGCUUCACCUGCCAGAGCCAGCUCGACGAGGAGCGGGCAAAGAUGCUGGAGACGGAUCCGGACCUCGCCGAGCUCAUGGCCGACCAGUUCCUCCUCGACUAUCAGAAGCAGCGCAUGAUGGAGAUGAUGGCCAAGGCCGAGAAGCUGCACUUCGGCCAGCUGUUCGAGUUGGCAGGCAGCGAGGACUUUCUCAACGCCAUCGACAACGAGGACAAGACCGUGACGGUGAUCGUGCACAUCUACCAGAAGGACGUGCCGGCCUGCGACGCCAUGAACGGCUGCCUCAUCACCCUCGCCGAGGAGUAUCCGGCUGUCAAGUUCUGCAAGAUAAUUGCGUCCAAGGUUGGUGUCAGUAAACACUUCAAGAAGGAAGGUGUUCCUGCCUUAUUAGUCUACAAAAACGGCCAGAUCAUCGGCAACUUUGUUCAAUUAUCCGCUAGUCUAGGCGAUGACUUUUACUCAUCCGACGUAGAAUCAUUCCUGAUCGAGCACGGCCUACUCAAUGACAAACGAUGCGUUCCAGCAAUCAUCAAAAGCAAAGAAGACGAUGAUUCCGAUAGCGAUUAAAGUAUGACAUGAUCUCUCUCUCUCUCUUUCUCACAAUCCCUCUGAUGCGAAUGAGGAACUAUAGAAGACUGUAUCACUACAUUUACACAACUUAUACUUACCACUGUCUCUAAAAACUUAAAUCCAAAGUAUGAUAUUUUUUGAGGAGGAUUGUAUGUACUCAUUAUAAAUUAUAGUUUGAAAACUCAUGAUAUUUCAAAUGUCAUUAAUCUGUAUUAAACACCUUUGUUUAUAAUUUAUUUAAUAGUAUUAACAGUGUAACAAUCUUAUUUUGUUUUGUUUUUUAUAUUCGUAAUUCUAAACAUGUUAUAAAAAUAUUGUGAAUAUAAUUUUUACACUUCUGAAUUAGCAUGAUAGAAAAACAUUCAAAAUGUAUUAAUAAUAUAUAAAUUUAGAGAAAUACACAAUUUAUUAAAAAACUAUA